CCCGGCCGAUCCGAGGAUGGAGAGAAGGCCGCGGAGUCCCUCCAGGGAGCCCCACCGGAGAGGAGGGGGGUCCCCUCCCAAGGAGAGCAAGAGGACGAAGGCCGAGAGAGCUGGCCGAGGCCGCGGGCGCCGCGAUGCGAGCCGUGACCCGCCAGCCUCAGCGCGUGCGGGGAGCCCAGUGGAGCCCCGAGCUGCGGCCGCCACCGUGGUGGACGUGGAUGAGGUGCGGUGCUCCGCAGAGGAGGGCACCGAGGUGGUGGCGCUGCUGGAGAGCGAGCGGCCAGAGGAAGGUACCAAAUCCUCUGGCUUAGGGGUCUGCGAGUGGCUCCUUGUCCUCAUAUCUCUGCUCUUUAUCGUCGUGACCUUCCCUUUUUCUAUCUGGUUCUGCAUCAAGGUCGUACAGGAGUAUGAGAGAGUAAUUAUAUUCCGACUGGGACAUCUGCUUCCUGGAAGAGCCAAAGGUCCUGGCCUUUUCUUCUUUUUGCCCUGCCUGGACACCUACCACAGGGUUGACCUUCGUCUCCAAACCUUGGAAAUACCCUUUCAUGAGGUUGUGACCAAAGACAUGUUUAUAAUGGAGAUAGAUGCCAUCUGCUACUACCGGAUGGAAAACGCCUCUCUCCUCCUAAGUAGUCUGGCUCAUGUGUCCAAAGCUGUCCAAUUCCUCGUGCAGACCACCAUGAAGCGUCUCCUGGCACAUCGAUCCCUCACUGAAAUUCUUCUAGAGAGAAAGAGCAUUGCCCAAGAUGUAAAGGUCGCCUUGGAUUCAGUGACCUGUAUUUGGGGAAUCAAAGUGGAGAGAACAGAAAUUAAGGAUGUGAGGCUGCCAGCCGGGCUUCAGCACUCGCUGGCGGUGGAAGCCGAAGCACAAAGACAGGCCAAAGUGCGGAUGAUUGCUGCAGAAGGGGAAAAGGCCGCCUCCGAGUCCCUGAGGAUGGCUGCCGAGAUUCUGUCAGGCACCCCGGCUGCUGUUCAGCUUCGAUAUCUCCACACCCUGCAAGCUUUAUCCACAGACAGACCUUCCACUGUGGUUUUACCUUUGCCGUUUGACUUACUAAAUGUCCUGUCUUCUCCCAGCAACAGAACACAAGGCAGCAUCCCCUUACCCCACCCUCCCAGACCUGUUGAGCCACUGAAUCCGAAAAAGAAAGACUCCCCCAUGUUAUAG